AUGAAAGCAGCCCAAUUUCAUGGCGCGCGAGACAUUCGCAUCUCGUCAGUUCCCGUGCCCACCCCCAAGUCCAACCAAGUGCUUGUGGACAUCGAAUGGUGCGGAAUCUGCGGCUCCGAUCUGCACGAAUAUCUCAAGGGACCACUCGUUAUCCCAACCGAAGAAAACCCGCACAAGAUUACCGGAGAAGCUCUGCCCGUGACCCUGGGCCACGAGUUCUGUGGCCGGAUUAGCUGGGCCCCCGAUGGUUCGGAACUGAAAGUUGGCCAGCCCGUGAUGGUAGAUCCACGGUUGUACUGCACCAGUUGCUUGCAGUGCGAGAAUACCAGGACCAACAUGUGUCAGCAGUGGGGUUUCUUAGGAUUGAGUGGCACGGGAGGAGGUUUGUCGGAGACUGUUGCCGUCGAUGCAAACGCAUGCCAUGUGCUACCUGAAGGGGUAGAUUUACGGUUUGCGGCGUUAAUUGAACCUUUGACGGUGGCAAGACAUGCACUGAAAUCAUCGGGGCUUAAGUUCGAGUCGCUGAGCGUGCUUGUUCUUGGAGGCGGGCCUGUAGGCGUGGCAGUGGCGAUGGACCUCAAGGUUCAUGGAACACACCAAAUAAUCGUCUCUGAGCCCUCACUAAAUCGGCGAAACCAGGUCGCAAAGUACUGCGAUGCGGCCUUGGAUCCUAUGGAAGCUCUCAUCGCGGACGAAUGCCGAAAACUGACCGGAGGAACUGGUGUUGAUGUCGUUUUCGACUGUGCCGGCGUGAUGCCAGCAUUAAGGACUGGAUUUGAUGCCCUUAGGAAUCAGGGCACUUAUGUCAAUGUUGCUGGUUGGGGAUCACCGCUCACCGUACCAAUGGAAUUCUUCCAAUUGAAAGAAAUUGUGUUUCGAGCGUCCAUGUCUUACGAUGAGGAGGAUUUCGUAGAGGUAGUCAAAGACUUCACAACAGGCAGGUUUCCGGCCGUCGAAGAUAUGGUGACUUCCCGCAUCAAACUGGAGGAUGUAGCUCAACGAGGUUUCGAAGAACUGGUUCAGAAUAAGGACUAUCACAUUAAAAUCUUAGUCACACCAAAGCCAGAACUUCUCACCUAG